AUGACCCAUAGUCCAGCGCGCUUUCAAGACCAGCGCAUUCAAGGGGUAAGUUCCCCCCUCUCCCCCUCCUUCGCGGCUCUAUCGCGGGAGGGGGGCGAGGGUGCGGGCGGGGGGGAGUGGAAGGGAUCCCCUCAGCUCGAGCAGAGGGGAGUGAAGGGAGGGGGAUGGCAGUGCUACCGCUGCUUCCAGCCCUUCUCGCCCUUCUCGCCCCACCUGUUGGCUGCGGGAAUCAUCAGCGCCAUCAUGGCUUCGCACGCCGUGCUUGUCACGCGGAGCCUCCUGCUCGCUGCACUGGCUGCUCUCAUGCUCUCAGCCUGUGCGCCCAGGGCAGCAGCCGUUCGCCUGCCACCUCAAAGCAACGCCGCCGACUAUUCGUGUGUGCAGCGGAACUGCGGCGCCAACGGCCAGUGCGUCAAGAGCAGUUCUGGAGUGGCGUCCUGUGUGUGCGACACUGGCUUUGCGCUGCAGGCGGAUGGCAGGACGUGCACUGAUGUGUGCAUCAUCAAAAACUGCCAGGGCUCUGAUGCCAAUUCCACUUGUGUGAAGAAUGGCAACCUUGCGACCUGCGUGUGCAAGCCUGGAUUCGCCUUGGCGGCGGGCAAAUGCACUGACACCUGCGAGAUUCAGAACUGUGGCGUCAACGGCAAGUGCGUCAAGGACAGCGCUGGAGCGGCGUCCUGUGUGUGCGACACUGGCUUUGCGCUGCAGUUGGAUGGCAGGACGUGCACUGAUGUGUGCAUCAUCAAGAACUGCCCGGGCUUGGAUGCCAAUUCCACUUGUGUGAAGAAUGGGAACCUUGCGACCUGCGUGUGCAAGACGGAAUUCGCCUUGGCAAACGGCAAAUGCACUGACACCUGCGAGAUUCAGAACUGUGGCGUCAACGGCAAGUGCGUCAAGGACAGCGAUGGAGCGGCGUCCUGUGUGUGCGACACUGGCUUUGCGCUGCAGUCAGAUAACAGGACGUGCACUGAUGUGUGCGUCAUCAAAAACUGCGAAGGCUCCGAUGCCAAUUCCUACUGUGACAAGGAAGGGAACGUUGCGACCUGUCUGUGCAACACUGGAUACGCCAUGGCAAACGGCAAAUGCACUGGUGUCUGUGAGAUCAAGAACUGUGGUGCCAACAGCGUGUGUAAUGCUGCUGGUAACGAGGCUACCUGUGUGUGUGACCAGGGCUUCGUGCUGCAGCAGGAUGGCGUGACGUGCAACCCACCUUUGAAGACCGACUUGGAUACCAACGUGGAUCCUGCACCCGGUGGGUGUGAUCCGAAUCCCUGUACCAUGGGACUGUCCUACUGCCAGCCCUCGCCGCGCGGCGCAGUUUGCCUGUGCAUGCCCGGCCUCCCGUCGUUUAUUGCCGAUGUCAUCGGUUGUUUUGGUGGUGCCCCAUGCCCUCUGAGCUGUGCCAACGGCCACUGUGACUACACCAGUAACGGGAUGCCGACGUGUGUUUGUGACCCGGGUUUCGUGCUGCAGCCGGAUGGCACGACGUGCCUCCAAGCUGUUGAUGCAUGUGAGGGGAACUGUGUCCCGGGAAAGUCGCACUGCGUCACCAUGCCAGAGGGUUCAGUUUGUGUUUGUGAUCCUGGAAACACUAUCAAUUGUCUUCCUG